CGCCGCCCCGUCCCGCUCCCCCAACUCUCUCCCCUCCUACCUCUUCUCUCCUGGGGCCUCCCCUGACCCCCGCCCCCCAGCUCGGGCUCCCACCCUCCGGGGCGGGGAUCUGCAAGCCCACCGCCCUCUCCCGGCUCCUGUCACCUCCCGCAAGUUUCUGGGCCUCAGUUUCCUCGACUGUACACGGAGGGGGAGGGGGGGUUGGACUCGAGGAUCCCCAAAGCCCUUUCCACGUCGGACCUUCCGUGUUCCGGGGCCCCCUUCCCGCCUCUGCCUCCCGACACUCGCUGCUCCGAGGCGCCUUGUGCCCCCCGACACGCUCUGGUCGACCCCCCCGGCCGGACGUGGUGCCGAAGGACCGCGCCGGAAUCCGGUCGGCCGCCUUCAACGACCCGGGCAGCUUUUGUCUUAAGGGCGACAAUGAAGGGAUUAGUCGUAACGUCGAACUUUGACCGUCAACAGUCACCCUCCGCCUCGCCCCAUUUUAUAGAUGACGAAGCUGAGGGCCAGGGAAGUGAAGUGACUUGGAGGUGAUCGCACAGGGAGUAAAUCCGGUGGAGCAGUGGACUCGGCGGACACUGGUUGUGUGACUCGGCCGCUUCUGUGUGCCUUGGUCGCUCCACCUGCAAAAUGGGGAUAAUAGCACCUACCUCCCAGGGCUGUUGGUAAAAGCUUCCCAAUGGCGCAAGUAGGGGCAGUGGUGGCCGUGGCGACUAGUUUCUUCUGUGCAGCCCUCUUCUCAGCCGUGCACAAGAUUGAAGAAGGGCACAUUGGGGUGUACUACAGAGGUGGUGCUCUGUUGACCUCCACCAGUGGCCCUGGUUUCCAUCUCAUGCUUCCUUUCAUCACGUCGUAUAAGUCUGUGCAGACCACACUCCAGACAGAUGAAGUGAAGAAUGUGCCUUGUGGAACAAGUGGUGGUGUGAUGAUUUACUUCGACAGAAUUGAGGUGGUGAACUUCCUGAUACCAAAUGCUGUAUAUGACAUAGUGAAGAAUUACACCGCUGACUAUGACAAGGCCCUCAUCUUCAACAAGAUCCAUCAUGAGCUGAACCAGUUCUGCAGUGUACACACCCUCCAAGAGGUCUAUAUUGAACUCUUCGAUCAGAUUGAUGAAAAUCUCAAACUAGCUUUGCAACAAGACCUGACCUCCAUGGCCCCUGGACUUGUCAUUCAGGCUGUGCGGGUCACAAAGCCCAACAUUCCUGAGGCAAUCCGGAGAAACUACGAACUAAUGGAAAGUGAGAAGACAAAACUCCUUAUUGCAGCACAGAAACAGAAGGUGGUGGAAAAGGAAGCAGAAACAGAGCGGAAGAAGGCUCUCAUUGAGGCAGAAAAAGUGGCUCAGGUUGCAGAAAUCACAUAUGGGCAAAAAGUUAUGGAGAAGGAAACAGAGAAGAAGAUUUCAGAAAUCGAAGAUGCUGCAUUCCUAGCUCGAGAGAAGGCAAAAGCUGAUGCCGAGUGCUAUACAGCCCUAAAAAUAGCUGAAGCAAAUAAGCUGAAGCUGACCCCGGAAUACCUACAGCUGAUGAAAUACAAGGCAAUUGCCUCCAACAGCAAGAUUUACUUUGGCAAAGACAUCCCCAACAUGUUCAUGGACACCGCAGGCAGUCUGGCCAAGCAGUUUGAGGGGCAGGCUGAGGAUCUGGGCUCUGACCUUGAGGACAGCUGGGGUGCAGCCACAGAGGAGCAGUGAGCACAACGUUUUAUAAUAGCCUUGAAGGACACCAAAAAGAAAUAUUUCUAUUUAUUUUUCAAAGAUGAAACAAUGUCCUUUCCCCAGAACUACCUUCUUAGACUCUCUUCUAAUACUGUGAUGAAGUGGAAGAAAAAGAUUUAAGCCCUCACUUGCUCUGGGGGGCUUGUGAUUUGGAGCUUGAUACAGGUGGGUUAGAACUGACAAAUCUGAAAAGCAUUGGUUUCCUCUAAACCCUUUGACUUCAGGCUCUAGGUUUGGCCCCUUUGAAGCCUGACUUAAUUGGGGAUGGUGUCGUUAAAAAGCAGGGAGAAUUCAGGGUGUUUCUGCUAAGUGAUUUGACUCUUCUGUUUUAUGGAGAAGUGUGCUCUAGUUCUCUCACCCCUGCCCACAAGGUAGGGGGCUUUGGGGUGAAGCCCAGCAACUGAGCAAAACAUGUGUUUCCAAAGCUUGCCAGUGGAUUUAUGGAAAAACAUCUGCAGAAAGUCAGGGUUUUUUUACUGGCAUUUCUUUUAUCACCUGUAUGUAUUGUUUUAGGGAUAUACGUUCUUUGAGCCCUUGUUUUAAAAAAUAUAAUAACGGUGCUAGGCUUUGCAAGGUUUUCUUCAUGUUCCUUGCCCUGCCCCAGGGUGUAGAGGCUGGGCAGAAUCUGAUUACACAUUUCCAGGACCAGUAUGUGGUCACUGUGCAGGCUUCUGAAACUUUUUUUCUCCCUCUUAACAUUCUGUGGAUUUUUCCUAAACAUAUAAACUAGCCACAAAAGUAAGCAGGCACCACUUUCUGGUUUUACUCAACAUCAAGAAGACAAAAACACUCGCCAGAUCUCUAAAGCCACUAAGGAAACAACCCCCACCGAGUAUAACGAUGUCUUUGCCUUGAAAAGGUGUCCCUCUAUUCCUCAGGGGAACAAAGGAGGAGCCCUGUAUUAUGGGGAACAUCAGAUGGCCCUGAUAGGAUUUUUCUUAGGCUCUCUUCCUGGGCUCAUUUUUAAUGUUGUUUUCAUGGGCAGUUGAGUAUCCUCUGGCUUACCUGAGACAAAAAAAAGUCCAUUCCUUAAGCAGUGUGCUUUUGUGUUUUGUUUUUAAUUGCAGAACCUACUUAAGUCACUGAAUAAGCAGGUAGGAUGUUAUUAAGCCUCCUGGAGUAGCUUUGGCAAUAGAAUUCAAAGCACCUGCCCAGCAUCUCUGGAAUGGAACUCUCACACAAAGAGUUUCAAAUGCAGAACACUACUUUAAAAUAGAACACUGCUUUGGAAAGUUUUGAACUUCUUGGGAGAUUCUAAUAGUUUGUUUAUAGAGAGACUUCCUUAAUAACUCUGUGAAAUGGGGGUUACAGCCCACAGCCAGUGAGGUAAGUCCAGCUCGCUUUAAUUUAGGGGGUUGGGAUAGCUGUAUGGAUACCUUCAGCAAUUCUCCUGGCACCAUCCCUGAACUUCCUUGGUUACUCUACUUCCCAGAGAAUACGAGAAUUAACUACUCUGGCUUGGGUCUAGGCCUCAUACCUAGAGCUAUGCCCAAACAACUGACUUGAUAGGUUGGGGUUUGGGGAGAGUUGCAGGGAGACAGGAAUUAACUAGAGACUGUUAAUCCCAAAACAGGACAUGCCUUGCCCCCACAGAGCUUCAGACUUUUUAGAAGUUUGGAGGAAGAGGAGGGAAAGGUCUGGGCAUUAUGGAGGUAAUUACCUCUUCCUGCCUUAAACUUUGUCCCCAUUCUAAAGCCUGAGACUAAACUUUGCAAAUCACUGCCCAGCCUGCCUCUUUGAGCUGCUCUGCCUCAUGGAUUGUCCACAUGUAGCAAUGAGGGAUGCAUUCUAUAUGUGGCUCCUUGAAACUCCAGAUUUAGACUGGCCACAUCCUUUCCUCAGUAUCACUCCCCUGCCCCACCAUAGCAUCUCCUUCUUUACAGAACUCUAAGCCCUCUUCCUUUGGAAUAUUCAGAGACUCUAUUGGAUCUGUGAUCUCAUAAAUAUGGCUAUUUGCUUCAACAGUGCAGAUUGAAGCCCAUCUAUGCCUACCCAUCUUCUGACUCUUCUUUUAGAAUGCAGUCAGUUGAUACCAAUUUCUUGGCAAAUUCAUCUUCAGUGAUUUGCCUUUUUAUAAGCUUCAUUGUGCCCUGUUUGGGGCAAAUGUUUGCUCUCUAUUCCUAACUGUCUUGUUUCUUGGGUCUCAAACCAUUUUGCAAUUGAUUGACACUUUCUUUGGGACUCACCCUCCAAGCUGUGGUUAAUUCCAUGACCGAGAUGGAAGGGGGCCCGUGGGGGAAAGGGGGAGGGAUGUCCUAGACCAUCAUGCUCACAUUUUGAAUCUGGGAGCCUCUAGUUCUAGCCUCCUGUGCCAUCUUGUUCCUUGCACCAGCAACACUUUGACAUCAGGAAAACUGUGUACAAGCUGAAACCUGCUAUAUAUCUCAACCCUGUCAGUGUUAAUCCCACAUUCACUUUAAAUAAUGCAAAUCUGUGAGUUUCUGCUUUCACAGAUCCAAUAUGUGUUCCGUACCGGGAUGAAAAUGGGAGAGCUGGCCAAUUGGUCUAUUUUGGAGAUGUAUUUAUCAACUUUGAUUUUUAUCUCUUACUGAAAAACCUGUUCUUUAAACCAUGUUUGAAUUCUAAACAUGGAAAUAAAACAAUAGUAGCUUGCAUUUGAACAGGCAAUAAAGUCACAGCUGCUAUUUACAGACUUCUUGGAUAGCAAAAUAAGUAACAAUAUUUUUAGAAUUCAGAGUUUUUUAGGCUUUUCCAAAGUCAAGUCAUCCUUGAUGAAUGUUGCUUGUUCAUUAAGAUUUGCAACAGCUAAUUCAUACAUUACCGUUCACUUUCUUUUUUUUUUUAAACAUUAACAAAUGAGACUUGCAAGGAAGCCAAAGUUCUUCAUUAUUAUCAUUAUUAUUAUUAUUAUUAUUAUUAUUAGUUUUUAUGUGAGAUGUCUGCUGUUAUAACAUAGAGGGCAAUGAUAUAGUAAGGGGUCAGUGUCCCCAUUGAUUCUAAUGACAUGACUAAGGAAGGAAAGGUUUGUAGCUCACCAUCUUAUAUUUGUCUAGCGCCUUAUAGUUUUAUGAAGCAUUUUCAUAUAUAUCCUACUUGAACCUCACAUCAAACUAGUGAGGUUUAAAUGGGGUAGGGGGUGGGCGGAAGGGGGAGAUGAACUGAAGGGGAAUCAGAGGCCCUAACUGCAUCAUUUUAUGUUUGUGUUCAGUUGAAAAUAUUGACCAAAAGAAUCCCUUAGCAACAAUGCCAUUUCAAAAUAAGUAAACUACAUACACACACACACACACACACGUGUGUGUGUGUGUGUAUUUUUUUUAAACAAAUUAGGCAUUUCUCCUGAGGGUCUCAGAACCAAAACUGUUCUUCAGGAUUUUCUGCCAUUGGUAACUCUUAAAACAGUGAAUGCUUUGUAGUCACAAUUACUGACUUAGCCCUUUAUUUGCCAUUUAGUAUUAACCCGAAGGCUUCAUAAUGAGUGCCCAUAUUUGGGCUAGUGGCUAUUCCAUAUCGAUAUCCCUAACCCACCUCUUCUUGACUUCUAAGAUUCCAUCAGUAUCACAACUCCUUCCGUUUCUCUCUUGUACAUCUCCUAUAAUUUCCUUGUAAACAAAGUGACAGACAGCUAACUGGCAGUCUGUUCCUUUUCCUUCUUUUUUAUGAGCAGGUGGUUGGUUGAAUGUUCCAAAUGAUUCUGUUUUCCAAAGGGCCCAGAAGGAUAGGUGACCCUUUCUGCUGGAGAAAUUAGUGUGUGGUAUUAUUGAUUCUAUAGAUGAUACAGCUAAAGUUGAUUGUAUUACAUGGCUAUCUGGAAGUGGGAUAUAUUUUUUUUGGACCACAUGGGGUCCUAUGUGAAUGUAAAAGGUCUUUGGGUUUUGUUGUUCAUUCUUUCAAUAAAAAUGGAUUUUUGGUUGUGGUUGGCCUUUUUGGGAGGGUAAGGAAGCAUCUUAAAUGGGAUUUUGGAAAUAACUGAUGCUAAGAUGCUUCAACAGUGUGAUAUACUACUAGCAGUGGGAGUGGAUCAAAACCAGACAUUAAUAUUUACCCACCAUGUGACCCAGGGCCAGUCAUUUAACCUUUGAAUCUCAGUUUCCUAAUCUGUAAAACCGGGUUGAUAAUUUUGCACUACCUACUAAACAGGGUGAUUGUGAAGAAAGUGCUUUAUGAAAUUUGAAGCACUCCAUGAAUAUGAACUGUUGUUAUGUGGUUAUUUAAUGGAUGCAUGAUUCCAUGCAUGAGGGUAUAGCCUUCACCUAUGCAGGUUGGCUUCUCAUCCUAUGCAUUUCUUAACGCCCUUCUGAAAAAGCUUCAUAAGUAUCCAACCAAUACACUACCCAGCUUCUUAAUCUUUUCAUAUUUUGUGAAUGACAAAGAUGGAUGAUUAAAAAAACCUAAAGAUGA